AAUUUUCUGGAUUUAUCUGACUUAUCGUAAGAUCAGUCCUAGAAACAUGGUCGUUGCAUGUUGGUCCCAUGCCGAACCACCCAAAUUUAGGGCCCGGCGGGUGAGAAGAAAAAUGGAACACUUGGUGUCGUGGUGUUCUGAUAUUUUUACCCCUGCUGCAUGGCUUAUCAGUCACGAUGGCUACAUAUGACUGCGCUGCAAAUGAGUCUUCCAUUCUUCUGUCCACCCGGACUUUAUAAAUCCUGAGAUACUGCUCUAUCAAAUUGUGCAACAAUUCUGCUCUACUCGUCUUGUGUUCGUUGAAUCUUUAUCUGGAAUUAACUUUGUCUUCUCCGCUUCAAUGGAUGCGCAAUCAACAAACGUCCACAAUGAUGCGGUCCGCGAUGUCGAAGCUGAAUUAGAUACGAGUGCUAUGGCCGACUAUGGCUAUAGUCCCAAGGCUCUGGAUGCUGCAGAGAAUGCAAGUCGCAAUGUCGAUGUUUUCUUUGCAAGUUCUUAUCAGUCCCACGCGUUUGGGUUUGGAAUGGCAAGCCCACCAGUCUCGGAUUCGGUAUUCAAUAAGUUUCCGCAAUUUCAAACAGCAAAGAAUGAUGGGAAUACCGAUGAUGUUGCUCAUAUGCGAUCAGACCGGUCUAUACUGAUGUACGACGACCGUAAUCCUAAGCGGGGAAAUAAUACGUCCGACAACUUGAGAAUUGAAGAUCUUAUGCCAAUUUCCGAAGCAGAAAACAAAUUCGAAGACUCCUCACUGAUAAAAGUUCCUUCCGUGUCAUACGGAAGUGUGAAAAUAACCCACGCAGAAAAUCCAGUCGAGGCAGAAAUUGUGGCAGGGACGACAUCAACGACAUGGAGGAUUGAGGCUCAAUUUCUGGCCAUGCACGCGAGACCUCUAAUUCUCACCGGGCUACUACAAUUUUCGCUCAUGGCAUCCAGCCUAUUUACUGUCAGCCGGCUGGGGACAUUAGAGCUGGGAGCUGCGAGUUUAGGAAAUAGUGUGGCAACUGUUACAGGAUAUGUCGUUUAUCAGGGCCUAGCCACGGGACUGGACACUCUCUGCUCUCAAGCGUACGGAUCAGGUCGAAAGACGAUCGUUGGCCUGCACAUGCAGCGUAUGAUAUGUUUCUUGUUACUGGCCACUAUUCCAAUCGUCGCCCUCUGGACCUUUAGUUCGCCUUUCCUUGCCACAAUCGUGCCUGAUCCAGAACAGGUACAACUCACCAACAAAUAUCUCAGAAUCCUGGCCAUUGGCGCACCUUUUUUUGCCCUCUUUGAAGCGGGAAAAAGAUUUCUCCAGGCGCAGGGCUUAUUCUCGGCAAUGUUCUAUGUUCUUGUCAUCUGUGCUCCGCUAAAUGGCAUGUUAAGCUGGUUAUUUGUGUGGAAAUUCAAAUGGGGCUUUCUUGGAGCACCUCUCGCGAUUGUCGCCACUCAAACUAUGCUUCCAUUAUGCCUGCUCCUUUAUGUGAUUUUUAUUAAAGGACGAGAGUGCUGGGGUGGGUUUGACCGUUCUGCCUUUCACAAGUGGGGCCCAAUGGUCAAGCUUAGUCUUCCAGGACUUGUAACGAUGCUUGGCGAAUGGUUUGUCUAUCUCUUCGUCACAUUGUUAUCAAGUCGAUUUUCUCCAGACCAUCUUGCUGCGCAAUCUAUUGUCAGCACGGCAUACUCGAUCUGUUUUCAGGGCGCCUUCUGCCUUGCUAUCGUGGGAACGACAAGAACAGCGAAUCUUGUCGGCUCCGGGUUGCCUGAAAGUGCGAAGUUGGCGAGCAAAGUUGCUCUUGUAGCUUCCCUUGUUGCAGGAACGAUUAUCUGUCUCUUAGUCACAAUAUUUCGUCGUCAGAUACCUCGGAUGCUUACCGAUGAUGAAACGGUUAUUCAGCUGGCGGCCAAUAUACUUCCGAUUUGCGGCAUCAACAUGAUCGGAGAUGCAUUUGUCACCACGUGCAAUGGGGUGAUGCGUGCAGCGGGAAGGCAGCAUGUGAGCGGUAUUCUAACUCUGAUUGCAUAUUAUAUGAUUUGCUUGCCUAUUGCUUUUGGCUUGGGAUUUGGUUCAAAUUUGAAUCUUCAAGGCUUGUGGCUUGGAUUUUCCGUUGCUUAUGCAUUCAUGGUUAUCGUUGAGUACCUAUACAUACGUGAAAUGAACUGGAAAAGGGUCAUAGAAGAGGCAUUGGAACGAAUUCAAUGAUCUUGCACAUGGUAUUGAGAAAGUAUAUUACAACGAUUUUUCUAGUAUAUGAUGGAUUGGACAUUAUCAUUCUUGCGAGAAUCUGCAUCAAAGUUUGGAAAAGAUACCCUUCAUAAAAGUAUUUCUGAUUUUGCAAUUCGUUCUACAGUAGCGAUUAGUGUUUAAAUUUUUAUAGCCAGGCAAACAUGCCGAAAAAAUGUUUAAUGCGGAAAAAGUCAAGUUGACACAUUAUUGCUGGAGAAAGCUGGUAGUGAACUGCGCAAUUCUGGUCGGUGCGGCCCGCUGCUCGGUAUACCUGCUGGUGGCAUCGCGCGGGGUUCGGCUGUGGAGACUAAGGUAGUGGGCAUGCCCCCGAACCCUG